AUGGCGGCUUUGGUCAAGUACGCCAACUCUGAUAGUACCAAGGAUCCCAAGUCUGAUGAGGAUAAGAUAGGGAAGGGAAAGAAGAACGGCAAUGCCAAGGGUCAUCAGCAUAACCCAGCGAAUCAGGGAGGCAAUAAACGUAAGGCUGACGGUAGCCUGGAGUUUGUGGCCAACAGCAAUGCACAGGGUAACAAUCAACGACGUAAGGGGAGACCACCGCCUCGGUCCGGCGGGUCAGGUCCCACUCUCGAGGAGUUGCUAAAUGAACCCUGUCCAAGGCACGGUACUCGUGAAAAGCCGGCCACUCACCUAUGGAAGGAUUGUACGAUCAUGAAGGCUUUCAAGAACUCUAACAUGUUCGACGGCAACCAUGGGCCGGGCGGCGGUUCAGGUGGCGGCGGUUUUCAUGGCCCGGGCGGCGGUUCAAAUUCCAACUUUCAAGGCUCUCAAGGAAACCAAGGUGGUUAUCAUCAACAAUCCGGCCAGGGAGGUCAGCAGCAGCAGCAGUCUGGAUAUCAGAGCAAUAGUAUCAUGUGUUCAUCACCAGUUUGUGCAAACGAGACCAGAAACUUCAUAAGAGGGCUAUGA